AUGCUCCAAGCCAAAGAGGCAUCGUUCGGCUCGAGCCAGCCGGUAGCUAUCAUAACGGGUGCAUCCCGGGGGAUAGGUCGGGCUAUCGCCUUGACCCUUGCCGAGAGGGACCGCAUGGUUCUCGUACUCGCGGCUAAGAGCCGGGUGUCUCGUGCAAACCUGCCUGGAACAGUGCAGAGCGUCGCUGACGAGUGCCUGGCUCGUGGUGCUGCUGCGGUUCUCCCGUUCCCGCUUGACGUCCGUGACGACCAAGGGAUCGAGCGAAUGGUGCACGAGACGCUACAGCGAUUCGGUCGAAUCGACGUGCUGGUGUGCAACGCUGGUGCUUUAUGGUGGAAACCGGUGGCCGAGACGCCCCUCGAGCGCUUCGAUCUCGUCCAUGGUGUCAACGCCCGAGGCUCGUUUGCCUGUGCCCGCGCAGUUCUGCCCGCUAUGGUGCGUCAAAAGAACGGCCUCAUUAUAACGAUGUCGCCGCCGGUAGAGCUUGACGCGCUUCCCGGAAUGACCGGGUAUUUGAUAAGCAAGUUCGGAAUGACCAUGCUGGUUCACGGGCUUGGUGGCGAGCUUGCCGGCACUGGCGUCACCUCGGUGGCUCUUUGGCCAGCUACGAUGGUAGAGUCUUUCGCGACGAAGAACUUCCAGCUCGGAGAUCGCUCGCAAUGGCGAAAAGCCAGCAUUAUCGCUGAUUGCGUCCACAUGCUUCUCCAUGACCCUGAGCGCAACGCAUUGAGCGGUCGUGCGCUCAUCGACGAAGACUACCUGCGCUCCCGCGGUGUCCGAGACUUUUCCCAGUACCGCUGCGAUCCAGAUGUGGAGCCAGAGCGAGCCUGGCCUCCACGCAAACCGUGGGCAUCAACCGCGAAGGACCCCAGAGCGCUACCACCUGGUGUCUCGCUAGCACCGUCCAAAUUAUGA